AUGCGACCUAGUCAGGAUUUGAAAGGACGCUUAAAUGUCCAUUUUCAAGGUGAAGAAGGUAUCGAUGCUGGUGGUUUGACAAGAGAAUGGUAUCAGUUGCUUUCCAGGGUCAUAUUUGACAAAGGUGCUUUGCUUUUUACAACUGGAGGGAACAAUGCAACCUUCCAGCCAAACCCUAAUUCUGUAUACCAGACGGAGCAUCUUUCUUACUUCAAAUUCGUUGGCCGUGUGGUUGCUAAAGCCUUGUUUGAUGGGCAACUGUUGGAUGUUUACUUCACACGAUCCUUCUAUAAGCAUAUCCUCGGUGUGAAGGUAACAUAUCAUGACAUAGAGGCUGUUGAUCCUGAUUAUUACAAGAACUUAAAGUGGUUGCUGGAGAACGAUGUAAGCGACAUACUGGACUUGACAUUUAGCAUGGAUGCUGAUGAAGAAAAACACAUUCUCUAUGAGAAGACAGAGGUUACCGAUUAUGAGCUGAAACCGGGAGGACGGAACAUAAGGGUGACAGAAGAAACAAAGCAUGAAUAUGUGGAUCUUGUUGCUGAACAUAUUCUGACAAAUGCAAUACGCCCUCAAAUAAAUUCAUUCUUGGAGGGUUUUAACGAGUUGAUUCCACGUGACCUUAUUUCUAUUUUUAACGAUAAAGAGCUUGAGCUGCUCAUCAGUGGACUCCCAGAGAUUGACUUGGAUGAUCUGAAGGCGAAUGCUGAAUACACAGGAUACACAGUAGGUUCUGGUGUUGUUGUGUGGUUUUGGGAGGUUGUGAAAGCAUUUAAUAAAGAAGAUAGGGCGAGAUUGCUUCAAUUUGUCACUGGUACAUCAAAGGUUCCAUUGGAAGGUUUUAAAGCACUACAAGGUAUAUCGGGUCCACAAAGGUUCCAAAUCCAUAAAGCUUAUGGAGCACCAGAGAGGCUGCCAUCUGCUCAUACCUGCUUCAACCAAUUAGAUCUUCCUGAGUACACUUCAAAGGAACAGCUUCAAGAGCGGUUGCUGCUUGCGAUCCAUGAAGCUAGUGAAGGUUUUGGGUUCGGCUAGUCAUGUCAAUUUGUUUCAGUCAUUGCUGC